AUGCCUAGUUGUGUCAAAUUUAUGAAGGAGAUCUUAUCUAAUAAAAGGAAGAUGGGAGACUAUGAAACUGUACCAUUGACAGAAGAGUGCAAUGCCAUUUUGCAAAGGAAGCUUCCACAAAAGUUGAGAGAUUCGGGGAGCUUUACCAUACCUUGCACCAUUGGGGACUUUGAAUGCAAGCAUGCUUUGUGUGAUCUGGGUGCAACAAUGCCCACAACCGUGACAUUACAGUUGGCAGAUCGUUCAGUUAAGCAUCCCAGGGGGAUUAUUGAAGAUGUGUUAGUAAAGGUGGACAAGUUCAUCUUCCCAGUAGAUUUCAUUGUACUAGACAUGGAAGAAGAUGCCAACGUCCAUAUCAUUCUUGGCCACGGGGCAGGCAUUAUUGAUGUGCAGAAGGCUACUGGUACAAGUUUGGAGGAUGACCCUCUUCAGUUGGCUUUGACAAAGGUAGAUGUGGAUUGUAACUCCUACUACCUUAGAGCCGUUACCAAGUGA